CUGGCCCCUCCGGACGGGCGGCGGCGGCCCCGGGUGCGCCUGCGCGGCCAUGGCGGCUCCCUGCGCUGAGAUGGAGCCGGCCGCGGCACCUCCGCCCUCUCCUCCGCCUGCCGCCGCCGCGCUGGAUGCUGCCGCGCUGGUGUGCGCGCAGGGCCGGAACCUGAAGGCGGUUCUGUGUCAGCGCUGCGGGUCCCGGGUGCUGCUGCCUGGCGCCGCCACCUUCGCCCGCCGAGAGCUCCUCUUGCCCGCCAUGAGGAAGAAGGCGGCGGCGGCGGCGGCGGGCGGCGGCGGGGACGGGGACGUGGUGCGGGAGCACUGGCUGGUGCGCGACAUGUUCUCCUUCGAGAACGUGGGCUUCACCCGCGACGUGGGCAACGUCAAGUUCCUGGUGUGUGCCGACUGCGAGGCGGGGCCCAUCGGCUGGCACUGCCUCGACGACAAGGACAGCUUCUACGUGGCGCUGGAGCGCGUCACCCACGAGUGACAGCGGCGCAGGGAACGGGGCCGUGGCCCCGGGCACCCCCCCGGGGAGCUGCACUCGGCCACCGGGAGCCCUGCCUGCCCUGCCGCCCCGCAGCGACGGCCUGAGCCCAGCCCCACGCCCUGACCACGCCUUGGCCACCCACGGCCCUGCUGGUCGGCACCUCACGGCCUGGCUGCCCACACCUGACCGACCGCAGCCUGCCCGACCUGCAGCGCCGCUGCCCACCCGCGGCUCGGAUCCGCCGAGCAGUGCCGCCCCAGCGCCGCCCCAGCGCCGCCAGCCUGAGCCUGCCUGCGACAGACCUGCUGGCGGGAGGAUCCCCUGCCACCUGCGGGGACAGCUCACCAUGGCAGCUGUGCCAUGCAGCUCAGCCCCUGGCUGCCUGGCAGCUCUGCCAGUCCUGCCUUGUGCUGCUGUUUCUCAGACGUGCUCAGAUGCCUCAGGCUGGGCAGUUUGUGACACAGUCCCUGUGGGCGCUGGCACAAGGCGAGGGCAGAGCUGCUGCCUUGGGUCUGAGCUACAGCCAAAGCAGGCACAGGCUUUAAGGCUUGGCCCUUCUGCUGCUUCAGAAGAAACAUUGCCUGCCCAAACCCGUAACGUUUAGGCUCUCUGAACCCCAUCCCACCUGGCAGCUGUCCCCUCUGAGAACAUCUGGCACCUGCCCUGUGUGCCAGGCCUGGCAGCUGUCCCCUCUGAGAACAUCUGGCACCUGCCCUGCAUGCCAGGCCUGGCAGCUGUCCCCUCUGAGAACAUCUGGCACCUGCCCUGCAUGCCAGGCCUGGCAGCUGUCCCCUCUGAGAACAUCUGGCACCUGCCCUGCGUGCCAGGCUGUGUGGCCAGCAUCGAGCUCCGUCACCUGAGUGAUUCAAACACUGCAGGCAGUUUGCAGGCAGCCUGGACUGGCAGGUUGGCAGAUAAAGAAACUGGAAGACCAUUGCCAGGCAGCAGGAAAGAAGAGAUUGCAGCCUGAAAGGACUUGAGUGGGACAAGCUGUGCCUGGUGAGCAGGGGUGGCAGAGCAGGAUGUGACCACAGCUCUGCGCAUGUGGAAGGAGUUUCUCCUCUGUGGCAGCAGAGCUGGGAUCCUGUGCCCAGUUCAGGUCUCUGCCUUGCCAAAGCUGGGCACAGAGCUGGCUGGAAAGGGGAGGCUGCAGCAGCUGCAGUUCUUUGUGUGCCUCCUUUGGGAACCGAGGCGCAGUUUGCAGCCCCCACUUGCAGACCCCUGUAGGAUGGCAGCAGCUCUGGUGGCCAGCGCAGGGGACAGGGCUUGCUGCAGGUGUGUCACUGUGCUAUGCUAAUAAACAGUUUUGGUACCAGUGCA